CUGAGUUAUUAAAAGCAGCUGACGGUCCUCCAGAGACAUUUUACAAAGAUGUUUUCAUGGGGAGAGAACUGCCAGCAGGGCUUUCGGUUGAAGGAUGGCUCAAAUAUCUCAACAGGCGACGGAGUUCACCUUCUAAACUUCGGCUUUGACAUCACAGAUCUGUCAGCAGGUCACAGCGUUCUUGCCUUCAUCAAAAACAACACACAUGCUGCCAUCAUUCGCACAGAAGAGCGCAACGAUGGGGAAAGAGUCAGAGGAAAUCAGAAGUUCGUGACGUGUAAAGAGAAGAUCCAUGCCGUGGGUUGUGGUGAUCAUAUGGUCACGCUGCUUUCUGAGGGAGGAAACGUUUUCUGUGUGGACACAACUCGCACUUACAUUCCGAGGCCCCUGGAAGCUUUGUGUAACAUACCAGUAUCUCAGGUUGCUUGUGGAAGCCAGCACACAGUGGCCCUCACCAAAGAUGGCCAGGUGUAUACUUGGGGGCGGGACUCCAGGGGCCAGCUGGGCUUGGGGAGGAUCGAGCCCAGAGGCGACUCACCCCAACACCUCCAGUGUCUGUCAGGGCUCCCCCUGGUCCAGGUGGCUGCAGGGGGAGAGCAGAGCUUCGCCCUCUCCAUCUCUGGAGGCGUGUUCUGCUGGGGCAGAAACGACCGCGGGCAGCUCGGGCUGGGAGACACAACAGACAGGACUACACCAACUCCUGUUUGUAACCUGAACACGAAGAAAACUAUUUACAUUUCCUGUGGAAAGGACCACACUGCCAUUUUGACAAAGAAUGGUGCAGUGUUCACAUUUGGAUCUGGUCAAUAUGGACAGCUUGGGCACAACUCAUUCAGCGAUGAACUACGACCUCGGCUUGUUGCGGAGCUCUUGGGGGCAAAGGUCACCAAGAUUGCAUGUGGACGGGAUCACACGUUAGUGUUGACGGACUCCAAGAAGGUCUACUCCUUCGGGUGUGGAGAGCAGGGGCAGCUGGGACAUGGAGAGGAGAGUCAUCCGUCCGUGCCGCUACCUGUUCAACUGCCACAAGACACCACUAAUGGUCCUAUAAUUGGAAACAUCUACGCAGGAGGGAACUGUUCGUUUGCAACGUGCACGUCUGUUAAGGAAGCGCAUGAGGAGUCAAACACUGCCAGUGUAAGCAAUGUAACAGAUGAUGUGAUUGACAGAUGGGUCACUCCAUGUAAUUCAAAGUCUUGGAAAAAGACCAAACGGGAAAUCCGCAGGACAUUUUCCUCUGCAUCCGGUAUGAAUCAAAUCUUCCUUGACCAAAGCAAUGAUAAACAUUUCCAGACCUCGUCGAAGUACUCUGGCUUGAACUUGUCACUUGUGCGACAUGCCUUCAAGAAACUGGCGAAGAAGGAUCAUGUUUUUGCCGAGGUCGAGGCUGCUGUCCUGCACGUGCCUCCCUCUCUUGGUGAGAUGCCCGUGGGAGUUGAGGGGUUGAGGGUCUUCCUGAUUCUCAAUGAGCUCCUGCAUGUGAUCCAGAGAAACGACCUGCGACGAACAAGCACAAAUCUCGCUGUGGCAAUCGCCGCCGCCGUGCAAAGACUCUGUGCCGAAAGCCUCCAGGUCUUAGGGGACUGGUGGUCCUCACUGCCGACCUCCACCAUGGUUAAACAUGUUAAAGUGUGGAAGCGGGCCCUCUCAGUGAUCCUGUCCUCAGAGGCUGUUCCUCGUGACCCUGGACUCAGAAACCUGCUACUAGUCCUCCAGAACAUGCACAACGCCAACGACAGGAUCGCAGGACGUCGGAGAAUCCCGGAACAAACUUUUUGUUUGGAAAUUAGCGAAACGUUUCUUCAAAAAGAUCUGCAGAUUUGGCGUUCGAUGUCAUAUAACAAGGAUAUGGAUGAUAAGCCACCUGUCCUUUGUAACAUCCCAUUUGUGAUGGAUCUGAAAUCGAAGAAAAUGGCUUUUGACAUCCAUGCCACAAACACUAUGGGAGAACACCUGGCAAACAAGCUUUGGCCUUUCGGAAUAGUUCCAGAGUCAGUUCGGUUUUUUGGACUGAAGCUGAAGCGAGUGUCACUUUUGGAAGACACCUUCCAACAACUGGCUGCUGCUCAUCCCAAAGACUUCAAGAAGCCACUUAUGGUCUAUUUUGACGGGGACCCAAAGGUAACAGACGUCUACAAGAGAGACCUUUUUCACCACUUGUUCCAUGAAAUGGUGUCACCUCUAUCUGGGAUGUUCAUGUUCAACGACUCGGAAACGCUGGCCUGGUUCCCCUCCACGACAACAGAGGAGGACAAGACAAACUUCUUCCUGUUUGGUGUUCUGUGUGGACUGGCCUUGUACAACAGCAGUAUCAUACACUUGCCCUUCCCACUGGCUCUGUUCAAGAAGCUGCUCGGUCUGGAGCUGACACUGGAGGAUUUGUUUGAAUUCAGCCCGACUGUUGGAAAGAGUCUGCAGUGCGUCUUGGACUAUGAAGAGGAUGACCUAGAACGCCUGGACGAGAACUUUUUGAUAAACUGGGAUGGGACAGAGGUUGACCUUGACCCCCAAAAUCCUGGAAAGCCACUGACAGUUCUAAAUAAGAAGGAGUUUGUGGAUGCCUAUGUGAAUCAAGUCUUCAACGCGUCAGUAGAGGCUGUGUUUCAAGAAUUCGAGCGCGGCUUCUUCCAGGUGUGUGACCGGAAACUGGUGACGCUGUUUCGGCCGGAGGAGCUGCAGGGAGUGCUGGUGGGCCAAGACGACUAUGACUGGGUGAAACUGAAACAGAACACAAUGUGGGAACCUGGCGUUGCCUCCCACACCCAGCAGAUGUUUUGGGAGGUUUUUGAUGAACUGACAGAAGAACAGAGGAAAGAUUUCCUUUGGUUCCUGACUGGGUACAGGAGGGUUCCUGUUCUUGGCAUGGACCAGGUCAAGAUGAAGGUUUACGUGACACAAGUCCAGAGUGGUCACGAGUACGAUCAACUUUUCCCCGAGUCUCUGACAUGUCACUCCAUUCUGUACCUGCCCUUGUACUCAUCCAAGGAGAUCAUGCGAGACAGGCUGACGAUGGCCCUGAUGACAGAGAAAAAAUUCUCGAUGUCGGAUCCACAGCUGCUGGACGAGGAGCAUGUACUGUUUCUGUGAUGGGUAUGGGUGGGCUUGAUUUAUUACUUAUGAUCACUUUUCAUGUGCUACCUCAGGAUUAAAACGAACUUCACUGCACUGUAUACACAUGACUUGUAUGAGUCUACUUUAAAAAGGGUGACUAAAGGGCAGCCAUUCCUCCCUUGCAGCACUACGGUGUAGCAACAGAAGGCAUUUUGAGUAUAACAUGCUAUAAUUCAACUGAGUUUUAGGCUGUUUAUGUUUAUAUUAUAUGUUUUACAUUUUUCAGGAACAGUCUUCAUUUUUAAGUGAUAUUUUUUCGCAGACCAAGUUGAAAUUAAUGAAAUAGUGUUUUGCCACCUUACUUAAUCUAAUGCAUUCCAAUACAACACUUAAAUAAAUCUUGUUCUGGCUGAUUAUGUGUUAUUAGUAGUAUGUAGUUAAACUGUAUGGUCAUUUCCGUUUCUAGUUUGUGGUUCUGUUUUAUUGCAUUAUAUAAUAACAGGAGUAAAUGGGGUUGGGGAAAUAUUGUUAUAACAGAGGGAUAAGCCAGUAGCUAUGUGUAAAAUAGGGGACCUUUUAGAGAAUGUUUUUGUUUUGUUUUGUGAUUACUUAUUUAAUAUAUUAUAUUUUGGCCAAUAAGAAAAACACUCGAAAACAUGUAUUCAUUUGUCUCUGUAAAAAAAACAAUAAAACAUAUAUAUUCCUCUUUUUGUAA